AUGGACGACAGCUACGAUAACAGGACUUCCUUAGUGAAGGGGGCCAAGGAUAUUGCCAAGGAGGCCAAGCGGCACGCCGUGAAAAAGGUCAACAAGGUCGUGGACAGCGCCACAGACGAGUACUCCCAGCGAAAAUACAGCCGGUUUGAGGACGAGGUAGACGAGGGGGACGACUUUUACCAUAAUCCCCUGAGGCAGGACGGAGGCUACAAUGACAAUGACCAGGCCAGUGAUGCCAGCGAUGCCACAGAGGGCCAUGAUGACGAAGAUGAGAUUUACGAGGGGGAGUACCAGGGGAUCCCAGCGGCUGGAGACAGGAAGGCCAGGGAGGGGCAGGUGGCUCUGGGGCAGCCCGUCACAGACAGCCUGAGAGAACGUAAGGAGCUGGAGAAGGAGAGGCAGGCGGACGAGGAAGAACUGGCCCAGCAGUAUGAGCUGAUCAUCCAGGAGUGUGGCCAUGGCAGGUUCCAGUGGCAGCUGUUCCUGGUGCUGGGCCUGGCCCUCAUGUCAGAUGGGGUGGAGGUGUUCGUGGUGGGGUUCGUUCUGCCCAGCGCCGAGACGGACAUGUGUGCUCUGGGUGGCUCCAACUCCAGAUCUGGAUGGCUAGGCAGUAUUGUGUACCUGGGGAUGAUGGUGGGGGCAUUUUUCUGGGGGGGCAUGUCAGACAAGGUGGGCCGCAGACAGUGUCUGCUCAUCUGCAUGUGUGUGAACGGCUUCUUCGCCUUCCUGUCCUCCUUCGUUCAGGGCUACGGCAUGUUCCUGCUCUGCCGUGUGAUCGCAGGCUUUGGAACAGGGGGGGUUGUGCCUAUAGUCUUCUCCUUUUUUGCGGAGGUGCUGUCCAGAGAGAAGAGAGGGGAGCACCUGAGCUGGCUGUGCAUGUUCUGGAUGAUUGGAGAGAUCUAUGCUUCAGCCAUGGCCUGGGCCAUUAUACCACACUACGGCUGGAGUUUCAGUAUGGGUUCGGCCUACCAGUUCCAUAGUUGGAGGGUAUUUGUGGUGGUCUGCGCCCUGCCCUGCGUCUGUGCUGUGGUGGCUCUCACCUUUAUGCCUGAGAGCCCCAGGUUUUACCUGGAGGUGGGGAAGCAUGACGAGGCUUGGAUGAUCCUCAAACAGAUCCAUGACACCAACAUGCGAGCGCGUGGGCAGCCGGAGAAAGUCUUCACCGUGAACAGAAUCAAGAUCCCCAAGCAUCUGGAUGAGCUGGUGGAGAUGAAGUCAGAGUCGGGGAACGCAGUCUCCAAGGCCCUCUUCAGGUCAAAGACAGAGCUACGUGGGAUCUUGGUUAACUUUAUGAAGUGUUUUGACUACCCUCUGAAAGAAAACACUAUCAAGCUGGCUAUUGUGUGGUUUACACUGUCAUUUGGGUACUACGGCCUGUCUGUGUGGUUCCCUGACGUCAUCAAGCAUCUUCAGGCAGACGACUACGCCUCCAAGGUGAAGAUCCACAGCAACGAACGCAUCGAGGACUUCACCUUCAACUUCACCCUGGAGAACCAGAUCCACACCAACGGGGUCUUCAUCAGCGACAGAUUUCUUAAUAUGAAGUUGAAGUCCGUCACCUUCAUUGACUCCACCUUCCGUAACUGCUACUUUGACGACGUGACGUCGGUGGGAUCCUACUUCCGGAACUGUACCUUCAUCGAGGCGUUCUUCUACAACACUGACAUCGAUGAAUCAAAACUGAUAGACGGCACAGAGGUGAUCAACAGCUCGUUCCACCACAACAAGACGGGCUGUCAGAUGACGUUUGACGACGACUACAGCGCCUACUGGGUCUACUUUAUCAACUUCCUGGGAACUCUAGCUGUUCUACCCGGCAACAUUGUUUCUGCACUGCUCAUGGAUAAGAUUGGACGCCUUUCGAUGUUAGGUGGCUCCAUGGUUCUGUCAGGGAUCAGUUGUUUCUUCCUGUGGUUCGGCACCAGUGAGUCGAUGAUGAUCUUCAUGCUGUGCCUUUACAACGGCCUGAGCAUAUCAGCCUGGAACUCACUGGACGUGGUCACCACAGAGUCCUUCCCUACAGACAGGAGGGGGACAGGUUUUGGGUUCUGUAAUGCUCUGUGUAAGUUAGCUGCCGUGUUGGGGAACGUGAUCUUUGGUUCGCUGGUUGGCAUCACCAAGGCCAUCCCCAUCCUCCUGGCCUCAUCUGUGCUGGUGUGUGGAGGUCUGGUGGGGCUCCGGCUGCCUGAUACUCGGGCCAACGUCCUCAUGUAGCCCCAGGAAGGACCACCUCACCUGGGGAAGACCUGGGCCAAACCUGAGGACGGCAUGGGAAGCAAGGCGCAGAAUGGUGCAAAGGGUUUAGUUCAAAUGUUUCCUUAUGGAUUUUGACAUUUGAUUUCUUUAUUGCCCCUUCUGGUCUCACAGGGAGUUCAAUUGCAUAACCCCCCCCCCAUCCCAUCUCUUUAAAACAGUAUACUUUUACUUUAUCAAUGUAUUUAUGUACAGGACCCAAGUACCAGACCUUCUGGAUACAUCCCUGGGGUCGAGAGAGAACUCCUAUUUCUUAGUGAAUGUAUUGUUUGGGAAUGUCACAACACCCCUCUAAGAUUAAAUCAAUAUUUUAAUCUUAUUUUAUCAUGACAUAAUCAUAACAGUUAGUGGAUGUUUUAGUUAAGCCUGUGGCUCAUUGGCUAACUAUAUGACUUAUUGCCUGUGGAUUAUGUCCAUCCACACCAUCAUAGUAUUAGCUGUGAAGGAAACUCUGUGGGUCCUGUAGUCUGUUCUAUAGUUGGUUGAUGUGAAGUCUAGAUCAGUGGUGUAUGUGUGAGGAAAUAUCACUGUCAAUGGCUGUCGGAUAUGAGUUGGCUGGUGGAAUCAGUACUGGGUUAGUGCUAUGAGAGUUGUGUAGAUAUCAGUAGUGCCUGUUGCGUUGAACUGUAUGAGUACAGUUUGUCUGGAGCCAUUGCAGCGACAGAGUUAGUGAGGGCUGUAAAUAUCAAUGUGUUUUUAUUAGGCCAAAACAGAUGGAGGAGAGAGGGAAAAACAAGCUGUAAUGAGCACAGCCAGCCUGCUGUGGGAGAGAAGGGGGAAUAGAUGAUCAGAAAGACUGGAGAGAUCACACAGCUGCAACACAGGUGGCCUGGACAGAGAGACAGCCAGACUGGCAGGGAGGCAAAACCAGAGCGAGAACAAGGGUAUUUCUGGGCUACCGUGAAGAGUAUAGAUGGAUCUUUGUCAGGCUUGAUGUGUUCUCCUGUCUUUUCACAUGACGUUUCUACUGUAUGUACCCUGCACUUGUUAUGUCUGCUGGAUAUGCGCACAUACCAUGAAGAGUCAUGGUGAUGGACAGGAUUUAACCCGCAGGAGCUGGUUUGAAGCAAAGCUUCUCACAGAUAACAUCAGAAACUAUAAUAACAUGUUAGUUUAUUAGUUUACACUGACAGAUGCAUAACAAGGUUUUUAUCAGUGUUCUACCCCAGACUACCACAUUCACAUAUAGACACUCAGAUCUCCAAGCCCUUUGCACCAGUUCUCUACCCAAGAAUAAAUUUAAUCACUUUAAUAUUUAAUCACUUUAAUUGUUAUUAUUUGAAGUGUACAUACUAAAUCUAGCAAUAUGUCUUAAGAUAUUUACAUUAUUUGCAGGUAUGUAUCUGCAGCUGUUCUAAACUUUUUGUUGGGGAAAAUGUAAGAAUACCUUUUUUCUCUGUAUAAAAUAUUGUUCUCUCCUCCUAUAUGUUGUAUUGUAUGCAGGCUCGCAGAAAGGGCUUUGUUUAUGUUCAGUAAUAUUGUUCUCUCCUCCUAUAUGUUGUAUUGUAUGCAGGCUCGCAGAAAGGGCUUUGUUUAUGUUCAGUAAUAUUGUUCUCUCCUCCUAUAUGUUGUAUUGUAUGCAGGCUCGCAGAAAGGGCUUUGUUUAUGUUCAGUAAUAUUGUUCUCUCCUCCUAUAUGUUGUAUUGUAUGCAGGCUCGCAGAAAGGGCUUUGUUUAUGUUCAGUAAUAUUGUUCUCUCCUCCUAUAUGUUGUAUUGUAUGCAGGCUCGCAGAAAGGGCUUUGUUUAUGUUAAGUAAUAUUGUUCUCUCCUCCUAUAUGUUGUAUUGUAUGCAGGCUCGCAGAAAGGGCUUUGUUUAUGUUCAGUAAUAUUGUUCUCUCCUCCUAUAUGUUGUAUUGUAUGCAGGCUCGCAGAAAGGGCUUUGUUUAUGUUCAGUAAUAUUGUUCUCUCCUCCUAUAUGUUGUAUUGUAUGCAGGCUCGCAGAAAGGGCUUUGUUUAUGUUCAGUAAUAUUGUUCUCUCCUCCUAUAUGUUGUAUUGUAUGCAGGCUCGCAGAAAGGGCUUUGUUUAUGUUCAGUAAUAUUGUUCUCUCCUCCUAUAUGUUGUAUUGUAUGCAGGCUCGCAGAAAGGGCUUUGUUUAUGUUCAGUAAUAUUGUUCUCUCCUCCUAUAUGUUGUAUUGUAUGCAGGCUCGCAGAAAGGGCUUUGUUUAUGUUCAGUAAUAUUGUUCUCUCCUCCUAUAUGUUGUAUUGUAUGCAGGCUCGCAGAAAGGGCUUUGUUUAUGUUCAGUAAUAUUGUUCUCUCCUCCUAUAUGUUGUAUUGUAUGCAGGCUCGCAGAAAGGGCUUUGUUUAUGUUCAGUAAUAUUGUUCUCUCCUCCUAUAUGUUGUAUUGUAUGCAGGCUCGCAGAAAGGGCUUUGUUUAUGUUCAGUAAUAUUGUUCUCUCCUCCUAUAUGUUGUAUUGUAUGCAGGCUCGCAGAAAGGGCUUUGUUUAUGUUCAGUAAUAUUGUUCUCUCCUCCUAUAUGUUGUAUUGUACGCAGGCUCGCAGAAAGGGCUUUGUUUAUGUUCAGUAAUAUUGUUCUCUCCUCCUAUAUGUUGUAUUGUAUGCAGGCUCGCAGAAAGGGCUUUGUUUAUGUUCAGUAAUAUUGUUCUCUCCUCCUAUAUGUUGUAUUGUACGCAGGCUCGCAGAAAGGGCUUUGUUUAUGUUCAGCCUUUUGAUUUGGCGUUUCUGUUUAACGUUGCUUGUGACAUUGAAUUUAUAUAGACAUGUCAUGCUGCUUCCUAUUCAAGAUACUGAAGGGCCUUUUUUGUGCCUCUCCUUCAGUGGAGCGUUCUCCGCAUAGAGAACAGAAGGGUACAGGAGGUAAACAGGAAGUGAACUGUGUGUGUGGUGUGUGAUGUCCCUUCAUCACACACCAUUUUAGAAUAAGUAACAAAAUCUUUUAGCCAUAUAUACACACUGUGUGUACACAAUGAACAUGAUUCAAUACAAAGUUAAUUAACAAAUCUUACACUUUAUAAUGUAAUUUCAUUAGUGCUAAUGUUCCCCUGUCUAAAAUGUCAACCAAAUUUGGCAAAUGCAUCUGAUGUUUACAAGCAAUCCUGUAGAAAUAUGUUGUUAUUACUGUAAACAGUAUAAUCUCCAGGUCUACAUACUGUAGCUAUAUAGUGGUUUCACAUCUAAUUCACAGGUCUACAUCUCUACAUGGCUCUGUAGUGUUUUCACAUCUAAUUCACAGGUCUACAUCUCUACAUGGCUCUGUAGUGUUUUCACAUCUAAUUCACAGGUCUACAUCUCUACAUGGCUCUGUAGUGUUUUCACAUCUAAUUCACAGGUCUACAUCUCUACAUGGCUCUGUAGUGUUUUCACAUCUAAUUCACAGGUCUACAUCUCUACAUGGCUCUGUAGUGUUUUCACAUCUAAUUCACAGGUCUACAUCUCUACAUGGCCCUGUAGUGUUUUCACAUCUAAUUCACAGGUCUACAUCUCUACAUGGCUCUGUAGUGUUUUCACAUCUAAUUCACAGGUCUACAUCUCUACAUGGCUCUGUAGUGUUUUCACAUCUAAUUCACAGGUCUACAUCUCUACAUGGCCCUGUAGUGUUUUCACAUCUAAUUCACAGGUCUACAUCUCUACAUGGCCCUGUAGUGUUUUCACAUCUAAUUCACAGGUCUACAUCUCUACAUGGCCCUGUAGUGUUUUCACAUCUAAUUCACAGGUCUACAUCUCUACAUGGCCCUGUAGUGUUUUCACAUCAAAUUCACAGGUCUACAUCUCUACAUGGCCCUGUAGUGUUUUCACAUCUAAUUCACAGGUCUACAUCUCUACAUGGCCCUGUAGUGUUUUCACAUCUAAUUCACAGGUCUACAUCUCUACAUGGCUCUGUAGUGUUUUCACAUCUAAUUCACAGGUCUACAUCUCUACAUGGCUCUGUAGUGUUUUCACAUCUAAUUCACAGGUCUACAUCUCUACAUGGCUCUGUAGUGUUUUCACAUCUAAUUCACAGGUCUACAUCUCUACAUAGCUCUGUAGUGUUUUCACAUCUAAUUCACAGGUCUACAUCUCUACAUGGCUCUGUAGUGUUUUCACAUCUAAUUCACAGGUCUACAUCUCUACAUGGCUCUGUAGUGUUUUCACAUCUAAUUCACAGGUCUACAUCUCUACAUGGCUCUGUAGUGUUUUCACAUCUAAUUCACAAGUCUACAUCUCUACAUGGCUCUGUAGUGUUUUCACAUCUAAUUCACAGGUCUACAUCUCUACAUGGCUCUGUAGUGUUUUCUGUGGCUUACUGCCGGUGUAGCACGCCUGUUUGUGUGUGUGUUGUUUCUGUGAGUAUAUCGUAGUUUUAGUAGUCCACUGUAUCAAAACUGCUGUCUGCUUGCCCCCUCCUCAUAUCUAAAGAGCAGGGCAGGCUUCUAAUAAUGGGUACAUGUAGGGGUGUGCGCUUGUGUUUGCUUUACAUCGUCUUGGAUACAGUAAAGUCUGUUUUCUGAUUGUUUGUGUCUUGGUAUGCAUCACAAAUUAGCAACUGACUUUUUGACGACUUCAUGAUUUUUAAGUGAUGACAUAAUCAACAAAACUUGAGUAUUUAUAGUAGUAACAGUGACAUGGCAAAGCCAUUCUCAUUAGGCUGAUGUCAAACCAUAGCUACUGACUACUGUUACCACCUCAGCAGUGAUAUGCAUUCAAUAAGGUACCAGUUGUUUAUGAACAAGGAUUGCAGCUAUAUGAUGGGUACUGGAUGUGUUUAAACCUCUUAACCUAAUUGUGACAGCAUUGACUAUGAUAUCUUACAAAAUAUAAAUAAGUAUCUAUUUAUUUUGUUUUCUGGGGGUAGGGGGUAGGGGGGGGGUGGCCUAACCAGUCUCCAGACCUUAAUCCCAUAGAAAAUCUGUGGAGGGAGCUGAAGGUUCGAGUUGCCAAACGUCAGCCACGAAACCUUAAUGACUUGGAGAAAUCUGCAAAGAGGAGUGGGACAAAAUCUGGUGGCCAACUACAAGAAACGUCUGACCUCUGUGAUUACCAACAAGGGUUUUGCCACCAAGUACUAAGUUAUGUUUUGCAGAGGGGUCAAAUACUUAUUUCCCUCAUUAAAAUGCAAAUCAAUUUAUAACAUUUUUGACAUGCGUUUUUCUGGAUUUUUUUGUUGUUAUUCUGUCUCUCACUGUUCAAAUAAACCUACCAUUAAAAUUAUAGACGGAUCAUGUCUUUGUCAGUGGGAAAUGUACAAAAUCAGCAGGGGAUCAAAUACUUUUUCCCCUCACUGUAUGUGUGUGUAAAUAUUGUACAUAAUCAAUGCUGUAAUUUGGGGACUCUGUAUGCUUUUUGAUUGAGUGAUGCGUCUCCAGCUUUGUUCAAGCGAUAACUCCAUGUUGUACAUCUGUGUCUCCUCGACUACUGUGUAUAUAAACUUGCAUGCGUGUGUGAAAACGUAUUUUUCUUCUUCUACCAGAAUAAGUUUUUUUUUGGAAAAAAGUUCAUGUGUCACUAUAGUUAGUUUUUGUUUAGCCAUUUUGUUGAAGUGAACAAGGUGUGUGCUCAGAUUAAUAUAGAUGUGUAUAUUAUUGUGAAAGGAAUGCCAAUCGUGGGCAGGUCUAUAAACAUGAAGCUGUGUAGAGAAAUAUUUGCCAAACGAUGCCCUGUGAAUAUUGUUUUAAUUAAAGGGGAUUGGCAGGAAUAGCAGGCAGUGCUGUUUAUGAGCGUCAAGUAAAUGAAAUAAAGAAUGAUGUUCUCUAGCAAA